UCCUAUCCCCCCCACCUCCCACAUCAUCUUCAUUGACAUUUUGUACUACCUGCUUGGUGGUCUUGCCAAGACUCCACAAGAUGCUCAAGAUUGUAUCACCCACCGCACUGCAUGUAUCACCUCCCCUAGGUCAUCCAUCCCACCAAGCCACACCAGCCCAAAGUUCAGCACACUGGCCAGCAGACGAUAGUCCCUCAUGGACAAUGCUGCCCAUGAGUUCUGGCACAGCAAGACUCCAGUCAGAUGAGGUUCAAUCAAGUGCAACACCUUCACUUCAUUUACAUGCCAAACAUGUGCAAGCACUCACCCCACACCACCAAUUACCUGGUAGUAGUAGGAACACUUAUGGCCAUAUUGUUGACCACACAAAGCCACAUCAUCACAACAUGGGAGAAAUCCCGCAGCAAGCCAGUUCAUCAAACCAGAUGUCCAAAAAGGCAAAGACUUCGAACACGGCAAACACCGCGAAACGGACUCGGACAGUAUUCGAUGGUGUCGUCAUCACCGUGCCCGCAUGGUUACUUGCACACAAGCGCAAACUCGCCGAUGCCAGUACCCGCCCGCGGGACGUCUCGCCUUUGCAUUCAGGUGUCAAUGAGAAUGACCAUGCUGUCCAUUCUCGGUCUGUCGGUGUUGUGUCAUCCGACCACGAGCAUACGUCAACCGCGGGUGACACCGAGGCGCAGUCGACACACGCUUCGGAGGACCAAGAACGACGUGUUCUGCGAGAGCGGCCUCGGACUAGCCCAGACGACUAUGCCGGCUCAUCGACGCGGAGGGCAGCAAGACAUAUUCAUGAACGCGUAACAGACGCAGAACGUAUUGACCGACUGCUGGAAGCGCAAGUUGCACCCACCGCGAUCAUCCCGCAAUACGCACAACCAUACGCUGCUCCGGCCAUUGGUCUGUGGCCUAUCUCCACGUCUGUCACGAAGACUGGCCGCACGGACAGACGGAGAGCAUGGACGUCAUAUUAUAUGCCUCGUUACUCGCAAAUAUCGGUGUUCAAGGAACGUUUGGACUCUCGCCUCGGCCCGGGCGAUCUCAAUCGUGGCCUAUACAGGCGGCCUAAAGCCGUUCCUGGACAGGUACAACAAGAGAGCAGUACCAGCGACGUCAUGGACGCGAACGAGAGCAACGUGGAUGCCGUAGCGCGGAGCAAGAGACCGAGAAGUCCGGAGAUAGACCCAGCGGCGACGGGGGCGGACGCCUCGGAUGCGGCAACAACGGAGGAUACACGGCCAAUGAAGAGACCAUUCAGGCGUCACGAGCGCGAUCUUCAGCGGAUUGGCGGACGGAGGUUUGGGUCGGAAGACUGAAUUCCAAGCAGGACAGAGGCGGGGUAUUCUGCGGAGGAUCCGCGCUCCUUAAGCCGGUUGCUUGCGCGGCGGCAGUCCGUUCGGAUAUGCGAAUAAUCAUCAUUAAUCAUACCGCCGCAGGCCAAUAGGUCAGAGCCACAAUUAUAAUGCAUUACUCUCUUUCUGUUCGUGCGUCGAGCGGGCAGGAAUGUAGGCUGCGAUGGUGAGGCGAUGGAGGUGAGUGAACAGCCGCAUUCACCGACGGGCUGCGCGG